AUGCCUCUCAGCAUUCAACGUAAGGAUUUAUCUGGACUGACAGUCAUAGUCACUGGAGCCAAUAUUGGUAUUGGGUUGGAGACCGCCAGAAUGCUCAGUGAAAUGGGAGCACAAGUUACCAUAGCCUGCCGUAACGCCAAUAAGGCAGAGACAGCUGCCGAAGACAUCGAAAAAACGACGGGCAAAAAGCCUCAUGUAGCAUCACUCGACUUGUCCAAUUUCGAUUCUACUGUUGCUUUCGUGGAUGAAUUCAAAGCAAAUCAUGAUCGCCUGGACAUUUUGGUAAAUAAUGCCGGCGUCGUUUCCUCGUCCAAAGGAGAAGACGGCAUGUCGAAAAAUGGAUUCGAGAUCGACUUCCAAGUCAAUCAUCUCUCACAAUUUCUUUUGACCAACCGCCUAUUGCCGUUGAUAACAAAUGCUGCGCAAAACAAGAUCAACAAUUUCACUCCACGCGUUGUUACCGUUGGCUCCAACGCAGCAACAAUUGGAAAGAUUGAUUAUUCUUACGUUCAAAACUCUGCCAACCUGCCAUUUUUAUUCACAAGAUAUGCAAACUCAAAAUUGAUGAAUGCCAUGUUUAUCAAAAAGCUAUCCGAGAUUGUGAAGGACAAUGGGGUUGUUGCUCACGUUGUUCACCCGGGAUUUGUCGCUUCAGACAUCCAUGCCAAGGAGGACCAUAAAGUUCCCAGGUUCGUGAUCAAAAUCGCUGACUUCGUAAUGAAGGCAACUGCACGCUCACCUGUUCAAGGUGCGAUGACCAGUGUGCAUGUUGCGAUAUCGGAUGAAGCAGCUGAGACCACCGGCAAAUACUGGGAUUCUUGUAAGGUAGUCGCUUACCCUAACAAACUGAUUACCGAUGAUAAUGCUGUGGAUCAACUGUGGGCCGAUUCUCUUAAAUAUUUACAGGAGAAAGGCAUAGAGAUUGAUCAUUAA